GGAGGGGGUACAGGGGUGGGGGCCGCUGCCCGUCUUCAACCCUGAGUGAAUGAGUGGAGGCAUCGAGUGGAGGUGGGCAGGCGAUGGAGGGAGUGCCACAGCCGAGCACCAGAUCAUGCGGGAGAACUGAGCGACACACGUGAGAGGAGAGCGCUGGUGAUCGAGCGUGGGGGGCCGCGGGCGGUGGGCAUGGAGCCCGGCCUGGUCUGGUUGCUGACCCUGUGUCUGCCGACCUUGGCUCUGGCUGAGAAGGUCUACCACAGCCGUGACCACUCGGACAUCCAGGAGCGAGCCUGGACCAGGGCUCGGCCCGUACUCACUCUCAAGUCCGCACAGGAGUACCUGGACAAGUAUGGUUGGACGGAGCCGGUGAACUGGGAGGAGCUGGCCUACCAGGGUGUGAUGGUGGUAGCGGAGGAGGAGCCCUCGCUGGCGGAAGGCCUGGGAACGCCGGCAGAGGCCCAGUCUAGCAGGCGGCACGUGCAGGAGCCCGAGGGCAGCCCGUCGCUGGGGGCCCGCUACGCCGGGGCCUUGCUGCGCUUCCAGAGGGCCAGCGGCCUGCCCGCCUCGGGGCUGCUCGACCAGCCCACCCGCGAGGCCAUGAACACACCUCGCUGCGGCGUGCCCGACCACAAGGCCCAGGACCCGGAUCUGGGGCCCAUCAACGUCACCGCACACGGCUACAACCCUCCCCUCGGCAGCGCCCUGCCCACUAACAAAGCCAUCACCCUGCCCGCCAGGUCAGAGGGCAACGGCCAGAGCCGGCUACACCUAUCACAGAAGAGCAGACAAGGUCAACUCGACCAAUCAGAGACCGACAGAGGUCAACUCGACCAAUCAGAGACCGACAGAGGUCAACUCGACCAAUCAGAGUCCAACAGAGGUCAACUCGACCAAUCAGAGACCGACAGAGGUCAACUCGACCAAUCAAAGACCAACAGAGGUCAACUCGACCAAUCAGAGACCGACAAAGGUCAACUCGACCAAUCAGAGACCGACAAAGGUCAACUCGACCAAUCAGAGACCGACAAAGGUCAACUCGACCAAUCAGAGGCUGUUGGCCAAAGACAGCUCAACCAAUCAGAGGCUGUUGGCCAAAGACAGCUCAACCAAUCGGAGGCCAACAAAGGUCAACUCAACCAAUCAGAGGCUGUCGAGCAGAGUUGGCUCAAACAGUCGGACGCUGUUGGCCAGAGUCUGUUCAACCAAUCAUUGAAAAGCGACGAAGGUCAACUCAACCUAUCGGAGGACGUGAGCCAAAGCCAACUCAGCCAAUUGGAGAAGGAUGACAAAGGCCAACUGGACCAAUCAGAGGCUGGCAGCCAAAGCCCCUUCAACCAAUCGGAGAGCGACCAGGUCAAGCUUGACCGGCAAGUGACCAACGUCCACGGUCAACUGAACCAAUCAGAGAACGGCACGCUGAGACGACUCAACCAAUCGGAGAGCAGCCUUGACCGGCAGGUGGCCGGUGGUCAAGGUCAACAGAACCAAUCGGGGAACGGCACGCAGAGCGUACCUGGCCAAGGGGCGAUGGGGGGGCAGGGUGAGGGGCAAGGGGGGUCAGGGGAGGGAGGGGGGUUGGCGGGCAAGCUGCGUCCCCGGAGGACGGCCACUGACCUGCUGGACAACACCUACCCCCAGAUGGCCUUCAGCAAGUCGCGGCUACGUUGGCGCAUUCUGGACGAGGGCUACAGCUCGCAGCUGACCAUCGACGACCAGAAGAUGAUACUGCGGCUGGCCUUCCGCAUGUGGAGCGAGGUCACGCCCCUCAUCUUCAUCGAAGACCUCACAUCGCCCGCCGCUGACAUCGACAUCAAGCUCGGCUUCGGAACCAAGAGGCACCUGGGUUGCUCGCAGGUGUUUGACGGCACGGGGCAGGAGUACGCUCACGCCUGGCGACUGGGAGACGUGCACUUCGACGAUGACGAACAUUUCGUCACCCCCUCCAGCAGCGAGGGCAUCAGCCUCCUCACCGUGGCUGUGCACGAGAUUGGUCAUGUUUUGGGGCUGCCCCAUAUCAGGAGAUCGGGCUCCAUCAUGCAUCCAAACUACAUUCCCCAUGACUCAAAAGACCUGGAGUUAGACUGGCACGAUCGCAAGGCCAUCCAGCAGAUCUACGGUGUGUGUGAAGGCAGAUUUAACACGGUGUUUGACUGGGUGCGCCGCGAGGAGAACGCCUUUGGGGAGGUGACGUACCGCUUCAACACGUACUUCAUGCGGCAGGGCUGGUACUGGAUGUACGAGAACCGCUUCAACCGCACGCGCUACGGGGACCCCAUCCCGCUGGUGGUGGGCUGGCGCGGGCUGCCCCCCGCUGACAUCGACGCCUUCGUCCACAUCUGGACCUGGAACAAGGACCUCACCCUCUUCUUCAAAGGCACGCUGUACUGGCAGUACGACAAUGACAAUGACCGGGCUCUGGGUGAGGACACACUGGGGAACCGCUACCCCCGGCCCAUCGGCCUCGCCUUCCCCGGCAUCGACGGGCCGCUCGACUCUGUGCACUUCGACAAGAGGGACCACUGCCUGUACUUCUUCCGUGGACCCAACGUGACAGCGUUCAGUGUGGAGCAGAAUGGCACGGUGUUGGGGUACCCACGUCGGAUCGUGGACCUGUACCCACCGCUGGUGAAGGGCGACCACCCACUGGGGCAGCUGGACGCCGUGUACUACUCCUACACCCACUCCGCCCUCUUCCUGCUCAAGGGCGCUCUCUACUGGCGGGUGGUGGGCGAGCAGGAGCGCCAGCUCAACGCCUCUCUGCCCCUCAAUGCCCUGCUACCCCACCACCGCAUCGCCCAGCGCUGGCACGACAUCUGUGAGGUGGACAACACUCGCUCCCCGGGGAGACCCUAGUCCACCCCACACAACUCCCCCCCUCCCCAUCCUCU